AUGCGUGAAAGACUAGCGGAGGAAAAGAAGAAGCGUGGUAUUGCGAACUCCUUGCUCGCUGUGUCAGCGAAACUUAAAGCAGAAGAGGAGGCCAACAAGGACUCACGCGAAGCUGCAAUCAAGGAAAGCAUCAGGAAUGAAGAGGACCAGCUGCUUGAGCAGGUUCAGCUGCAGAUGAGCACGCCCCUGAUGUCCGUCCGAGAACGAGCCAAAGGCAUCCUGUACACGCAGAGGAUGCCAGCAAUUGGCGACUGGCGGCCGAUACAGAAGUACCGCGACAUGCCAGAAGCAGAGAGAGUUUCGGUCCGCGAGAAGUAUUUCAUUGAGGUGAACGGGAGCGACAUUCCAGCACCCAUCAAGCGCUUCGAGGAGAUGCGUCUUCCACGAGGCAUUCUCGAAGGAUUGAAGGCCAAAGGCAUCAUCAGGCCAACUCAAAUCCAGAUGCAAGGCAUUCCAGCUGGACUGAUGGGUCGUGACAUCAUUGGAAUUGCCUUCACUGGAAGCGGCAAAACCCUUGUGUUUGGCUUGCCCAUGAUAAUGUGCGCACUGGAACAGGAGCUACGAGCUCGUGUGCAACCUACCGAAGGUCCCUUCGGGCUCAUCAUUGCGCCCUCUCGCGAGCUGGCGCAGCAGACGUACGAGGUGCUGGAGUUCUACACCGACCACCUGGCCGAGUACCAUAAGGAUUUUCCCAAACUUAGAUCGGUUCUGACCAUUGGUGGCCUCAGUACUGGAACGCAGGCACAAGCCAUUAAGAAGGGCUGUCACAUGGUUGUUGCGACGCCAGGCCGCUUGAAUGACCUCUUAAGCAAGAAGCGAAUGUCCUUGGCACAGUGCCAAGUCCUAGUCCUGGACGAGGCGGAUCGCAUGAUCGACUUGGGCUUCGAGGAGGAGAUCAGGAACACCUUGGACCACUAUAGAGGUCAGAGGCAGACUCUUCUUUUCAGCGCGACCAUGCCAAAGAAGAUCCAGGACUUCGCCAAAACAGCGCUAGUGGAUGCUGUUGUGAUUAACGUGGGUCGCGCUGGCGCUGCCAACUUGGAUGUUAUUCAAGAGGUGGAGUACGUCAAGCAGGAGGCAAAGCUAGUGUACCUCCUGAAGUGUUUGCAGAAGACGCCACCUCCAGUGCUUAUCUUCUGCGAGAACAAGUCUGAUGUGGACGAUGUGCAUGAGUAUUUGCUAUUGAAGAGUGUCGAGGUAGUGGCAAUCCACGGCGGUCUUGAUCAGGAGGAGCGUCACGAGGCAAUACGCUCCUUCAAGGAGGGCUCCAAGGACGUUUUGAUUGGCACAGAUGUGGCUUCCAAAGGCUUAGACUUCCCGGCCAUCCAGCACGUCAUCAACUUUGACAUGCCGAAAGAGAUAGAAAACUACGUGCACCGCAUUGGUCGGACAGGCCGAUGUGGACGCACCGGUGUCGCUACCACAUUUGUCAACAAGAACCAGGAUGAGACAAUCCUACUGGACUUAAAGGCAUUGCUGUUGGAAGCUGGGCAACACGUCCCCCCCUUCCUCAUGCAGCUGGAGACAGGCGGUGGAGGCAGGGAGGAGGAGGAAAUUGGCGGCGUCAAGGGCUGCGCCUAUUGUGGUGGACUUGGACACCGCAUCUCAGACUGCCCAAAACUGGAGACGACAAGGCAAAAGACAACUUCCGCGACGAAGGACUACCUCACUACAGGCGCUGCCCGCUAUACAGGCGCAGAAGGCUACGCCGGCGACUGGUAA